AUGAGGUUCAUUCACUAUGUUUCAAUUGUUCAUAUCGACAAACUUCCUCAGAGUAGAGAGAGAGAGAGUCUAUCUUGCUAUCCAACUCUUAGCCAGAGGAGAGAGAGAGAGAGUCUAUCUUGCUAUCCAACUCUUAGCCAGAGUGGAGAGAGAGAGAGAGUCUAUCUUGCUAUCCAACUCUUAGCCAGAGUAGAGAGAGAGAGAGUCUAUCUUGCUAUCCAACUCUUAGCCAGAGUGGAGAGAGAGAGAGUCUAUCUUGCUAUCCAACUCUUAGCCAGAGUGGAGAGAGAGAGAGAGAGUCUAUCUUGCUAUCCAACUCUUAGCCAGAAGGGGAGAGAGAGAGAGAGUCUAUCUUGCUAUCCAACUCUUAGCCAGCUAGGGAGAGAGAGAGAGAGUCUAUCUUCUAUCCAACUCUUAGCCAGAAGCAGAGAGAGAGAGUCUAUCUUGCUAUCCAACUUAGCCAGAGUGGAGAGAGAGAGAGUCUAUCUUCAUAUCCAACUCUUAGCCAGAGAGAGAGAGAGAGAGUCUAUCUUGCUAUCAACUCUUAGCCAGGAGUGGGAGAGAGAGAGAGUCUAUCUUGCUAUCCAACUCUUAGCCAGUCUAUCUUGCUAUCCAACUCUUAGCCAGAGUGGAGAGAGAGAGAGAGUCUAUCUUGCUAUCCAACUCUUAGCCAGAGGAGAGAGAGAGAGUCUAUCUUGCUAUCCAACUCUUAGCCAGAAGUGGAGAGAGAGAGAGAGUCUAUCUUGCUAUCCAACUCUUAGCCAGAGUGGAGAGAGAGAGAGAGUCUAUCUUGCUAUCCAACUCUUAGCCAGACCAGAGUGGAGAGAGAGAGAGAGUCUAUCUUGCUAUCCAACUCUUAGCCAGAGUGGAGAGAGAGAGAGAGCCAGUCUAUCUUGCUAUCCAACUCUUAGCCAGAGAGAGAGAGAGAGUCUAUCUUGCUAUCCAACUCUUAGUAGAGAGAGAGAGAGUCUGUCUUGCUAUCAACUCUUAGCCAGAGUAGAGAGAGAGAGUCUAUCUUGCUAUCCAACUCUUAGCCAGAGUGGAGAGAGAGAGAGUCUAUCUUGCUAUCCAACUCUUAGCCAGAGUAGGAGAGAGAGAGAGAGUCUAUCUUCAUAUCCAACUCUUAGGGGGAGAGGGAGAGAGAGUCUAUCUUGCUAUCCAACUCUUAGAGUGGAGAGAGAGAGAGUCUAUCUUGCUAUCCAACUCUUAGCCAGAGUGGAGAGAGAGAGAGUCUAUUGCUAUCAACUCUUAGCCAGAGUGGAGAGAGAGAGUGGUCUAUCUUGCUAUCCAACUCUUAGAGAGAGAGAGAGUCUAUCUUGCUAUCCAACUCUUAGCCAGAAGUGGAGAGAGAGAGAGAGUCUAUCUUGCUAUCCAACUCUUAGCCAGAGUGGAGAGAGAGAGAGUCUAUCUUGCUAUCCAACUCUUAGCCAGAGUGGAGAGAGAGAGAGUCUAUCUUAUCCUAUCAACAGCUUAGUGGAGAGAGAGAGAGUCUAUCUUGCUAUCCAACUCUUAGCCAGAAGUGGAGAGAGAGAGAGUCUAUCUUGCUAUCCAACUCUUAGCCAGUGGAGAGAGAGAGAGAGAGUCUAUCUUGCUAUCCAACUCUUAGCCAGAGUAGAGAGAGAGAGAGUCUAUCUUGCUAUCCAACUCUUAGCCAGAGUAGAGAGAGAGAGAGUCUAUCUUGCUAUCCAACUCUUAGCCAGAGUAGAGAGAGAGAGUCUAUCUUGCUAUCCAACUCUUAGCCAGAGUGAGAGAGAGAGAGUCUAUCUUGCUAUCCAACUCUUUAGCCCAGAGUGGAGAGAGAGAGAGUCUAUCUUGCUAUCCAACUCUAGCCAGAGAGAGAGAGAGAGUCUAUCUUGCUAUCCAACCUUAGCCAAGUGGAGAGAGAGAGAGUCUAUCUUAUAUCCAACUCUUAGCCAGGAGGAGAGAGAGAGAGUCUAUCUUGCUAUCCAACUCUUAGCCUCUUGCUAUCCAACUCUUAGCCAGAGCAGAGAGAGAGAGAGAGUCUAUCUUGCUAUCCAACUCUUAGCCAGAGGAGAGAGAGAGAGUCUAUCUUGCUAUCCAACCUUAGCCAGAGGAGAGAGAGAGAGAGUCUAUCCAUAUCCAACCUUUAGCCAGAGGGGAGAGAGAGAGAGUCUAUCCAACUCUAGCCAGACCAGAGUGGAGAGAGAGAGAGUCUAUCUUGCUAUCCAACUAGCCAGAGUGGAGAGAGAGAGUCUAUCUUGCUAUCCAACUCUUAGCCAGAAGUGGAGAGAGAGAGAGAGUCUAUCUUGCUAUCCAAUCCAAGUCUAUCUUAUCCAACCUUGUGGAGAGAGAGAGAGAGUCUAUCUUGCUAUCCAACUUAGCCAGAGUGGAGAGAGAGAGAGAGUCUAUCUUGCUAUCUUAGCCAGAGUAGAGAGAGAGAGUCUAUCUUGCUAUCCAACUCUUAGCCAGAGUGGAGAGAGAGAGAGUCUAUCUUGCUAUCCAACUCUUAGCCAGAGUGGAGAGAGAGAGAGUCUAUCUUGCUAUCCAACCUUAGCCAGACCAGAGUGGAGAGAGAGAGAGUCUAUCUUGCUAUCCAACUCUUUAGCCAGAGCAGAGAGAGAGAGAGUCUAUCUUGCUAUCCAACUCCUUAGCCAGAGUGGAGAGAGAGAGUCUUAUCUUGCCAUCCAACCUUUAGCCAGACCAGAGGGGAGAGAGAGAGAGAGUCUAUCUGCUAUCCAACUCUUGUCUAUCUUGCUAUCCAACUUAGCCAGAGAGAGAGAGAGUCUAUCUUGCUAUCCAACUCUUAGCCAGAGUGGAGAGAGAGAGAGUCUAUCUUUGCUAUCCAACUCUUUAGCCAGAGUGGAGAGAGAGAGAAUCUUGCUAUCCAACUCUAGCCAGAGAGAGAGAGAGAGAGAGUCUAUCUUGCUAUCCAACUCUUUAGCCAGAGUGGAGAGAGAGAGAGAGUCUAUCUUGCUAUCCAACUCUUUAGCCAGAAGUGAGGAGAGAGAGAGAGUCUAUCUUGCUAUCCAACUCUUAGCCAGUCUAUCUUGCUAUCCAACUCUUAGGGGAGGAGAGAGAGUCUAUCUUGCUAUCCAACUCUUAGCCAGAGUGGAGAGAGAGAGAGAUCUUCUAUCUGUUAUCUUCCUUAGCCAGAGUGGAGAGAGAGAGAGAGUCUAUCUUCUUCCAACCAGAGUGGAGAGAGAGAGAGAGUCUAUCUUAGUGGAGAGAGAGAGAGAGUCUAUCUAUCUUAGCCAGAGUGGGAGGAGAGAGAGAGUCUAUCUUGCUAUCCAACUCUUAGCCAGAGGGGAGAGAGAGAGAGUCUAUCUUGCUAUCCAACUCUUAGCCAGAGAUCUGCUAUCCAACUCAGGAGAGAGAGAGAGAGUCUAUCUUAUCCAACUCUUAGCCAGAGUGGAGAGAGAGAGAGAGUCUAUGCUAUCCAACCUUAGCCAGAGUGGAGAGAGAGAGAGUCUAUCUUGCUAUCCAACUCUUUAG